AUGGCGCAAAAAGCGACCAAAACCCUCGCUGCCGCUAACACCCGCCGCCUAAACACCACCCUCUACCUCACCCUAGCCUUCCACGGCCUCUUCUGGCUCCUCCGCGCCUUGCUUUUCCGCUCAUCCUUCACACGCCGCUCCCUCCUCCUCUACCUCUUCCUCUCCGCUCCGCAGCUGCUCAUCAACCUGCAAUUCGAGCGCCACUCGCGCCCCACGCUCCUCCCGGAUGGCUCCAUCAAGCGCGCCGGCGAAGACCUCGAUGCCCCCGGCCUGACCGAGUACAUGUGGGAUGUGACGUACUGGACGUACGGUUGUGUGGCAUUGGCAGCACUGCUUGGCGACUGGAUGUGGUGGGGUAUGCUGGUCGUGCCCGUGUAUAGUGUCUAUUCGCUGUAUCGCGUGUACAGGGGGUUCAAGGGCGCGGGAUAUCAGGAUGCUGCUGGUGUGCCGCAACCCGGCCCGGCGCAGAGUAAGAGGCAGGCAAAGAUGGAGAAGAGGGGUGGCCAGAAGGUUGCGUAUAGAUGA